AUGAAUCAACCUUGGAGAAUUUCGUCAGUGGAUCCCGACGUGGUGGAGAUCCCCCCUCCUCCAAUAGCUUCGGGUUCGAGAACUCGAAAACCAAGACAGGCUAUAAUUGCUGAAGUAAUUGAUGUGGAACAAUACGAGUUCCGCAAUAAUGUUGCUGAUAAGAAGAACAAAGGAAAAGCUAUACAACAUAUAUCUUCUUCUUAUGAUCAUAACCCUGAUGUAGAAGUGGUGAUGCCUACUCAACCUAGGUCUCCUUAUACAAUUAUGGCGCCAUAUCUUCCUUCAGGACCUUUCAAAGUUGAUGAUUGUGCUAGUAGCUCUUCUCGCCCUAUAGCGGCUGAGGUUAUUCCUUCAGCUCAGGCUAAUUAUCUGCGAGACUUUAAAAGAUUUGACACUGUUGAUGAUUUCUCGGAUCACCACUUUGCUUCCCAGGGAAAAGCUUCAAAGCAGCAUGCAAAGGGUUGGGUGAAAAAAGUUCAGUCAGAUUGGAAGAUUCUUGAGAAUGACUUGCCAGAGACGAUAUUUGUCCGAGUCUGUGAGUCAAGAAUGGAUCUUUUGAGAGCUGUAAUUAUUGGAGCCGAGGGAACUCCUUACCAUGACGGUCUUUUCUUUUUCGAUAUUCAGUUCUCAGACACCUAUCCUUCAGCGCCACCUAAAGUUCAUUACCAUUCCGGUGGGCUUAGAAUAAACCCGAAUCUGUACAAUUGUGGUAAAGUAUGCUUAAGUCUUCUCGGUACCUGGACUGGUAACACGAGGGAGAGUUGGAUUCCAGAGGAGUCCACAAUGUUACAGCUUCUUGUCUCAAUCCAAGCACUCAUCUUGAAUCAAAAACCAUACUUUAACGAACCUGGCUACGAGCAGAGCAAGGGGACUCAAUCAGGCGAGCUUCUUUCUGAAGCUUACAGUGAGAAUGUAUUCAUGUUGUCGUUAAAGACUAUGGUUUACAGUAUGCGAAAACCACCCAAGCACUUUGAAGAGUUUGUUCGUAGCCAUUACUUCAUGCGGGCUCACCACAUUGUGAAAGCCUGCAAUGCUUAUAAAAACGGAGCUCCUCUUCGAUCUAUGGUUAAAGGUGGUUUCCAAGAUGUCUCAGAAACUAGUAGGAAGGGCUCAGACAAGUUUAGGGCCGAAGUAGCUUGCUUUAUGAAGACAGUGGUGGAUGAGUUCGUCAAAUUAGGAGUCAAAGAGCUUCAAGAAAAGCAGAAACCGUAAGAGCAGCAGAUUAUCGAGUUGAAGCCAAAGCCACCGUUGUUUUAUGUUUUA